GAUGCGUUUUGUCACCCACCCCUCGUUAAACCCCUGCAGAACUCUCUCUCUUCACUCUCUGAGCGAACAUGGAACAGGCAGCGAAGAAGGGGACGGUGACCCCGCUCGCGUCGCUGUUUCCGCCGGAGGACACCGAGAAGGCGGUGAGGCGCGUGAAAGAAACGCUCGUCGAGGAGCAGGCCGAGCUGGACCGCGUCCAAGGCUUCAUCUCCGACAACACCAGCCUCAUCAGCCUCGUCCAGAGGCUCCCCGAAGACCUCCACCACGACAUCAUGGUUCCGUUUGGCAAAGCGGCGUUUUUCCCCGGCCGUUUGAUACAUACAAAUGAAUUUCUGGUUCUUUUAGGAGAGGGUUACUAUGCGGAAAGAACGUCCAGACAGACGGUGGAUAUUCUGACGAGAAGAGAGCAGGGUUUGGAGUCGCAAGCUGAGUCUCUGAAGGUCAUGAUGCGCGAUCUUCAAGCCGAGGCUUCGUUUUUCGGUGCCACGGCUUCUGAAGCUGCGGAAGGUCUUGUAGAGAUAAGGGAAGAUUAUGUGGAGGAAAAUUCUACUGAGAGGGAAUCUCAAUCAGGUCCACCAAAAGAAGGUGCUCCCCGGUUUUCUGAAGCCGACAAGGCAAAAGUUGGAGUUAAAGAUGAAGAAUUUGCUCAUAUGAUGUCGAGGUUGGAUGAACUUGAGAAAGAAGAACUUGGCAAUGGGAGGAAUGAGGUCAAUGCAAAAGUUGCAGUUGAUGAUGAAGAAUACGCUCGUAUGAUGUCCAGGUUGGAUGAACUUGAAAAAGAAGAACUUGAAGCUGAAUUCGGCGAUGGAAGGGAUGAGGACAAUGCAAAGGUUGCCGUUAAGGAUGAAGAAUAUGCUCGUAUAAUGUCCAGGCUGGAUGAACUUGAAAAAGAAGAACCUGAAGCUGAACAUGACAAUGAGACUGAUGAAGAAGAGAAAAUGAGAGCUGAUUUUGAUCAGUUGUUGAAUCAGAGAUCUCUUGAUAAAAAUCUCAGAUAUUCAGAGGACUAUCAGUCAAGAAAACUGUUGGAGCGGAUGAGAGAUAAAAAGUCAGCCACUGAAGAGCUUCUAAAUAAGCAUCAUCCUCAGCAAGAUUUAACUGAUCAGCUAAAUUGUACAGGUUUGACAGUGCAAUCGGUACCCAAAGAUGAAAUAUCACAUGGUACAAGUUUGGCACACAAUGCAAUAAAAUCCAGUCCUCCUGAGAAGGCUUUCAUGAUUUCUGAAGUGAAGGAGAAUGUUCAAGCAGCAAACUCAUCAAGAAGUCAGGUUCCUGACCAGACUUCAAAACCAGGAUUUGAUAGUCACAAGGCUUUUCCAGGCUCCAUUAUAGAGCACACUCACAAUAUUCAAACAAAUUUUAGUCAACAAUCUGGUACUUCAUCACAGCCCCCGAGUUCCCAACCUUCAAAGCCAGUUUCCAGAUUCAAGAUGCAGAGAAGAUAGCCGCCAACAUUGUCUUAAUGCCUGGAAGUGCUUUUUGAUAAGUAGAAUGCCUAGAAGUGUUUUUUGAUAAGUAGAAUGUCUGGAAAUGCUGUUGGUUUAAAUUUAGAAAUCUGAUGGAGGUAUCAAAACUUUUAUUAAUCGUCAGAGUGAAAAGGGAUAAAUUCCUUGCUCA